AUGGGGCGCUGGUGGUGGCCCAAGGGGCACGGGGCUGAUGCUGGCCCCGUGCAGCGGGCGAGAGGAAAAACGGUGGGAUCAGAGCUCCUGCUGAUGGAGCAGGAAAUGGUGGCUGUUGAGAGCCGACAGGAGCUUCCCUCUUCCCAUCUCGCUCCAGCUCCGGGUCCGGCCCCUUCCCCACUCUCUGCUGCCCAGGAUGUUCCAUCGGGCAGGAAUGCGCAGCUCUGGUCCCAUCACCUCGAUGUGCAGCUGCAUCCCAAGAGCCUCUACGUCAUCCGGCAGUACAUGCACGAUGGGGACUGUGGGUGUCUGGAAGCCUUUGCCCAAGGUGAAGGGCUCCUGCAGGACCCUGCCUGCCUGGAGGAGCUGGAGGAUCGCUUGCACUACUUCACUGAGGAGUGCGAUUCCCUUCAGGGCUUUCAGGUUCUCUGCGACCUCCACAACGGCUUCUCGGGAGUGGGUGCCAAGGUGACGGAGCUGCUCUGUGAUGAGUAUUCCGGGAAAGGAAUCCUGAGCUGGGGCUUGACGCCAGCCCUGAGCAGCGUGGCUGAUUCCCAGAGGAGCGCGUACAGACUGAUGAACACAGCCCUGGGCAUCGUCCAUCUCUCCGCUCACAGCUCCCUCUUCUGCCCCCUGUCCCUCAGCGGGAGCCUGGGGCUCAAGCCACGACCUCCUGUGACAUUCCCAUACCUCAGCUAUGAUGCCUCCCUCAGCUACCACAGCAGCGCCAUCCUGGCAGCAGCCCUCGAUACCCUCACUGUUCCCUAUCGGCUCAGCUCCUCCCAGGGCUCCAUCCUGCACCUCGCUGAAACGCUCAACUUCUCUGGGAGAAAGGUUGCGGCUGCUUGGGCCUCUGUUCCCUUCCCUGCCCUCCACGGCUCCUCCCUCCCUGAUGCUUUGUGCGCCCACCAGGACGUGCCCUGGAAGCUCCUGGCUCCGUGCAGGGAGCAAAAGGGCAGCUCCUGCUUCGCUCAGUCCGUCGUGCUCCGAGGGCUUGGCAAGGGCAGACCCAGCAGCAGCCCUGCAGGAAGGCAGCCCCGCUCUCCCCUCCAUGCCUGUGAGAGCACUGAGCACGUCCUGCAGCAUUACUUACACACUGCGUUCCCUGGGGCAUUCAGCACAUCCCAUGUGCUUGAGCAGCCCUGUUACACCCCGGCUCCAUACCCCCAGUUCUUCUCUCCUCGUCUGAGCAAACAAGGCUUCCUCGUGGACCAAGCUCCCACUUCCUCCCCAGCAGCUGUGGAGAGCAUCCCUGUGCUGGCAGCCCUGCGGUCCGCCCCCGUGCUCCACACGCUCCUCUAUGGCUUGUACAAGGACCUGCAGAAGCUGAACACGCGGCGCUGCGCCAGUUUCUUCUCUGCUGGCGUGGAGCAGGAGGACUUCCAGGAGGCCUUGGACAAGCUCAGGACUCUCUCCCAGUGCUACGAAACGGAGCUGGAAGCGGAGGACUCUGAAGGUGACGCAGACUCAGACUGACCCAGCUUUAUUACCCGAGAGCGGAAGGAAGAGUCGCUUUCAGAAUAAAGGGAAUGGCUUUCGGGAUGGCCCC